GGAGGUUUGGAGGAGAGGUGGCGCGCUCAUCAUAUGACAUAGUGCAGCCCAUAGGAGAAGUGGGUGGAGAGAAUUACAGAAAGCCAUCUGGAGAUGGCUGAGGAUACUGUGCAGCAUGCAGGAGAAGGAGCUAAGUGGAGACAAUUGCAUGCAGAACACACGGAGAAGAAAGCGGACAGAAUUACAGAACACAUAGAGAUGACUGACGAUAGUCCAGCACGCAGGAAAAUGAGGUGGAGACUUGCAGAAGACAUGGAGAUUGCUUUGGACAGUGCAGCAUAGAGGAGAAAGGGAGUUGGAUAGAAUUGCACAACGAAUGGAGGAAAAGGCUGAGGCUUGUGCUGCUAGUGGAGCCUUUUUCGCUCUAAUUGCAUGGUUCACUCGGUGUGCCUGGAUCUACGCAUGUUUUUACCGCUCUAAAAUGAGAAAGCAGUACAUGUUGGAGGGAAAUCCGUGCGCCGAUUGCUUGACCCAUCUCUGCUGCGGGUAUUUUGCCCUGUGUCAAGAGUACCGCGAGCUCAAAAGCCGAGGAUUCGACAUGUCCCUAGGUAUAUAUUGCAAAAAAUAAAAAUACAAAUGACUU